AUGGAGACACCAGUCCAAUCACCUCGUACACGUAAAUAUCAAGAGCGAGAGAAAAAACUGACAUCUCUUCUACAUGUCCGACCGCUUUUGAGUCGUGAACGUACAUUACGUCGUCUUCCCAUGGUUCUAGGCAUUCUCUUCGUCAUUGGUUUUGUACUUGGAUAUUACGCGCAAUUACUAUUCUUCUUUUGUCAUGUUCGAAUGGGGUUUACAGCUGAAAUACUAGCAACGUCGGAAGUAACGCUACGAUCAAAAGCUUUCAUAACGUCACUUGUUGAGCAAACACAACGUGUUGUGUUUGUAUGUAAAAACACGAAUUGGGACUUUAUUGGAUUGAUUGCAAGUCCACAUACGAUCUUAUUUGCACAUACGGACGUGAGUAUACCGUUGCCAUUGGAAGAAAGUUUACGAAUUGUACGUCAUGCGGGUGUUGAUAGUCAUCUGAAUUUACACAAUAAGACAGUGACAAUUAUGAGUCAUGUCUACAAAGCGGACCCACGGAAUCAUUUGCUGAAACAAGAUGAUGAAGCUGUUAUUUACUGGCCACACUAUUAUCAGUGUUUAAGAAAGUGCCAUACUCUCGAGUCGUGUUAUGCUGGAGACAUGCAUGUUAAUAUUGGUGACGCCAUGAACAUUAAUUCGUACGUGUUUGCAACUGGUGGUUCGUAUUUCGUAGGUAGUGCGCUAUUAAAGUGUAUGUUGGAAAAACCGAUUUUUGUCGAGCUGGAUGGACUUGACUAUGGUGAAGAUAAAACAGUAGGAAAGAUGAUCCAUUACAACAACUGUAACGUGCAGUACGUGAGUUGCAAAUGGUUCAACAAUGAGGAAGUGUACUCAUCCAACGCACAUAUUAAGAUGAAGAAGGGUGCAUCGGCGGAAAUUCGGGAAAACACGGUCUUACUAGGCAAAAACGAACAACUUUGA